AUGGCUCAAAAAAAAUUUCUUCUCUUGGGGCUGAUUUUGGUCCUAACCUUCGUCGGCUCUCCGACAACAGCCGAUGGACCUGUUUGCCCUUCCACGACCAAACUUAGCCGAGCAAGUUUUCCUGAAGGUUUUUUAUUUGGCACCGCUACUGCGGCAUUUCAGGUUGAAGGUGGAGUGAAUGAAACUUGUCGUGGACCGAGCUUAUGGGAUCUCUACUGUAAGAGAUAUCCAAGUGAGUGCCUCUAG